GUUCUCAAUAGAAUAAAUACUUCGAUAUUGUUAUAAUUGUAAUAUUUAGUAAUUGUAUUGCCUUUGCGUUUCAAGAUGAAGGGAGAACAGAGCACUAACGGAAAUGAAAUUAUUUUAGAAACAUACGAUGCACAUUUGGAAAUAAUUGAUCCACAUCCCCCGGGCACCAUGUUCAGGAGCGAGGAGAUGGUGCUCUGCCAGCUGUUCGUGCAACCAGAAGCGGCUUACGUGUCAAUGUAUGAGCUGGGCGAGGCAGGCAUAGCACAGUUCAGAGACCUUAAUCCACACGUGAACGACUUCCAACGUCGAUAUGUGACAGAAGUCCGACGUUGUAACGAAAUGGAACGCAAGCUGCGCUACGUGAGCGGAGAGCUGCCUGAACCACCACCUCCGCCCAAACCGUCUCCUCGAGUACUAACUCCGAGGGAGAUCAAUAUAUUAGAGGAAAGGAUCGACUACAUCGAAUCAGAAAUCCAAGAGAUAACGAGAAACGCCCAAAACUUGAAAACGGAUUACCUUGCACUUAUCGAAUUAAAACUGCUGAUAGAAAAGACACAGACUUUUUUUCAAGAUCACAGCGCUCAUAGGAAAAUCUCCGCGUCAGUACAAAUCUACAAUAAUGACGCUGCGUUAGGGCAUUUGGGUUUCAUAGCUGGUGUGGUGGCAACAGCGAGGGUGCCGUCCUUUGAAAGAAUGCUGUGGAGGAUAUCGCACGGAAAUAUUUUCUUUAAGCAGGCCCAAAUCGAUGAACCCUUAAAAGAUCCUGUAACGAGUCAUGAACUCCAGAAGACGGUGUUCGUCGUUUUCUUCCACGGGGAACAAAUAAAGCUUCGAGUCAAGAAGGUGUGCCAUGGCUUCCAAGCAACCCUGUAUCCCUGCCCAGCGACAUACAAAGAACAACAAGAUAUGCUGGCUGGGAUAGAAACGAGGAUUAAGGACUUAGAAAUGGUGUUGGAACAAACGGAACAGCACCGUAGAUUAGUUUUGGCGAACAUAGCGAGAGAUAUCAGCACGUGGAUGAUGGCGGUGAGGAAAGAGAAGGCAAUAUACCACACGCUAAACAUGUUCAGUAUGGACAUCGUAAAGAAGUGCCUGAUAGCGGAGUGUUGGGUCCCGAGGUGUGACUUACACAUCUUGCAAAAGGCUUUAGACAACGGUGUGAAAGCAAGCGGUAGUCCGAUCCCGUCCAUUCUUCACCACGUCCCAACAUUAGAAGUACCACCGACGUUCAACCGAACUAACAAAUUUACUCGGGGCUUCCAGACUCUUAUUGAUUCCUAUGGAAUCGCCAGCUAUAGAGAAGUUAACCCAGCUUUAUAUACGAUAAUAACAUUCCCGUUUUUGUUCGCCGUGAUGUUCGGCGAUAUGGGUCACGGUCUCAUCAUGACCGUUUUCGCCGCGAUCCUUGUAAUAUUCGAAAAGAAAUUCGCAAAAAACAAAACAGACAACGAAAUUUGGAACAUAUUCUUCGGUGGACGAUACAUUAUUCUUUUGAUGGGACUAUUCUCAAUUUACACUGGCUUGAUAUACAACGAUAUAUUUUCGAAAUCGUUGAACAUAUUUGGUAGUAGUUGGCAAAAUGUGUACGACGAAGGGACUCUGAGAAAUCAUAGCUCUUUUGAAUUGGAUCCAAAAGUCGCUUAUACGAAGACUCCCUAUCCUAUUGGAAUUGAUCCCGCUUGGCAAUUUGCUGCCAACAACAUAAUAUUUCUGAACUCGUUCAAAAUGAAACUAUCAAUAAUAUUCGGCGUAUUACAUAUGGCGUUCGGGGUAACAUUGAGUGUGGUAAACUUCAACUUCUUCAAAAAGGCAGAACUAAUAUUCCUACAGUACAUACCACAAAUAUUAUUUCUACUCCUCCUGUUUUGGUAUUUGUGUAUUCUGAUGUUCAUGAAAUGGAUCAUGUAUUCUGCUGAUGCGACAGAUGAAGCAUUAGGGACAUCCUGCGCACCAUCUGUAUUGAUAAUUUUCAUUAAUAUGAUGCUGCUAAAGGAGUCGACGGCCAAGGGGUCCUGUCAACCCUUCAUGUACGACGGUCAGGAUAUAAUUCAGAAGACCUUCCUAGCUAUCGCAUUCCUGUGCAUACCGGUCAUGCUGUUUGGAAAGCCAGUUUAUCAAAUAAUGAUGGCGAAGAGGCAAAAGCGCGGCGGGCGCGGCGUGGAGGGCGGCGCGGCGCCGGCGGGCGAGGACGCGCUGGGCGAGCAGCUCAUCACGCAGGCCAUCCACACCAUCGAGUACGUGCUGGGCGCCGUGUCGCACACCGCGUCCUACCUGCGCCUCUGGGCGCUGUCGCUGGCGCACGCGCAAUUAUCAGCAGUGUUGUGGCAGAGGCUGCUUAAAAUAGGCCUGGGAGGCGGAUCUCCGGUGAACGCGAUCUUGCUGUACUUAUUAUUCGCCGCGUGGGCUUUCUUCACGAUCGCGAUCUUGGUGCUAAUGGAGGGGUUGUCGGCAUUUCUACACACCUUGCGGUUACAUUGGGUUGAAUUUAUGAGUAAAUUCUACGAAGGGCAGGGGCAUGCCUUUCUACCAUUUUCAUUCUCUGCAAUCCUGGAAGGAGAUGAGGAUGAUAUCAAGGCGAAGCCUAACGGUGGACCACCCGAGUGACAUUUCGAGACACGAAAAUUUCAACUUUAUGACUACGAAAACUGUUUGGAAGUAAGACGAAUUUGGCAUACAGAACCGAUCUCUUGAUAAAUAUAUUAAUAAUUGAAACUGCCUUACAAAAUUAUAUAUGUAUUUUUCUAAUUGGUAAUUUUACUAUCAACGUAUAUUUAAAAUGCAUGUGCCUUCCGUAAUAAUUAAAGGGGUAAAUAAUAUUAUAGAUGAAUGGAAAAUCAAAUAUCGCCAUUCGGGUAUAAAUUUACGUAGCGUAUGGAAUUGCUGUGGAAAUUUGUUAUAUUUUCUUGAUAUGAUUAAGCAAUUAAGUUUUAUAUAGUUGGUAGAUUAGAGUAGACCUUAGAUUUGUGGUCUGUGGUCAUCACGUAUUUUAAUAUUAAGUAAAGAAUUGACCGUUUUUAAUAUUAUAAUGUUAUUACAACUUUUGUUAAAGUUAUUUUGUUUCUUAUAAGUUUUAUAUACAAUUUUUUUGAUAUUAUAUUAUUUUGAUUUUUUAUCUGCUUCGACUGACUAAAACGUCAUUACCUUGUUAUUUUAAUUUUAACGAUCUAUAAGAUCGAAAUUUAAAUUCAAAUUAAAUAAAGAAUUUCUCUAUUUUGUGCAAUAAUAUAUUUUUAAGCUAUGGUACAAAUUGUGUAUAUUUUUUUUAAUUUAAAAGAUCAAAGUAGAAUGCUUAGGUGUUACAAUUAUUUUUGACUGCCUCGUUGGUCUAGUGGCUUGAUGUAAGGCCACAGACCCGAUGGUCAUGGGUUCAAUUCCCAGGUCGGGCCAAUAAAAAAUUAUUGGAUUUUUCUGUUAGAAAAUUCUCAGUAGCAUCCCGAAAGCACGUAAAGCCGUUGGUCCUGCGCCUGAACUCUUUCCAGUCGUGUCGGAUUGCCGUCCCAUCGGAUUAUGAGAGUGAGAGAAGAGAAAUUGCACCUGUGUUUGCGCACACGCUUGUGCACUAUACUAUCUCCUGCGCAGUUGGCUAAUCUCUCUUGAGAUUGGCCGCCGUGGCCGAAAUGAAGGACAUGAUUAUUAUUAUUUUUAACAUUAUUUAAUAAACGUUAUAUUUAUGUUAUAAGCCUAAUUGUAAGUUGUUGUAUUAACAUAGUUUAUAUUUAUCAAUUGCUUGAAGCCAAAGUGUUAUUGUACGUUAUUAUCGAUUGCAUGUUUUUAAUUGUUUAUUUGUAAAAAUAGACUUUCUCGUGCCUUUUAGGAUUUAGUCAAAUUUUAAACUAUAUUUAUAAUUAUAUAGUUAUAAUUACUAAUUAAUAUUGUAAAGAAACUUUAUUAAAAUUUUAGCCAUUUUUUAAGUUAAUCUUUGAAUAUAUUUAAUAUUGUAUGUAUCCUUAGUGAGUCUAAUAUAUAUUUUUUUACAUUUUUCUCUUCGCUGUUUGAGUUUUACAAAAGAUAUAUUUAACUUUUUAUACAUAAAGUUCUUUGAGCCAAAAAAAACAGAUUAUAAAUCGAAUUCAAGUUUACAUAUUUAACUUUUUUUCUAAAUCGGUUCUCAUUAGUUCUUGAUAAUGCAGUAUCAUCCAAUCUAGAAGUAUUGCAAAAUAAAUGUUAUUACUCUAUUUAUGAAUACAUAUAUAAUACUUAUUUGCACUCUUGAAAUACUACUGCAAUGCUACUAGCGUUCGAUUUUCAAACCUCAUCAAAUGAUAUUGUGUCAUUUUGAAAAUUCUAACUAGUGGGAAGCGAUGCAGUUUUUAAAGUAUAAUCUGUGGCAGAUGCGCCAUAUGCACGAAGAAUUACUAUGAAAUAUUUAUUACAUACUUGGUUAUCUAUAAUCUCGAAUAAGGUUAUAUAUCUACUUUAGUAAAGCAAUAACUUAUCUGGACCAAUUGUAAUGGUAUUAAAUUUUGACAUAUCGCUUUAUUAAAAGAAUAAUAUCAGCAAAAGUUUUAUUAAUCACAAUUUUACAGCACGUAACACUAUCCAUUAAUUUACAUUACAGGCAGAAAUUGUAAAAAACCACAACACCAUUCCUUAAUAAAGCUAUUUUAAUCGAAAA